UUCAGUUGGUGUUUGUGUGUAUCUAUCACCACAAGUGGUGCGAAGCAGAGCGCUGCAACUAAAGCAGGAGGUCCCCCACCACCCAAACAACCAAAGCUGGACUUCGGUGCAAAACCAAUUUAGGAUUAAAUUCCAACUCCCAUCAUUGAUCUGACCCCAAGCAUGGCCGGUUGUUUGAACACAGCAGACGUACGGGUGAAGGAUGAAACGGACGUUUUUGUGAAACGACUCAAAGAGGGUCCAGAUUUGAGAGUCAACAAGAGCAUUGCAAGGUUCUUUAGUCUGGCUUCCUCGGACCACCUGAGACAACUCUACGAAAAGCGGAAAAUGCAAGCAGACGAUGAAGGAUGUUUCAUCAGGGGCAUGACAGGAGUGGUGGUCAAAGUGAGGUCGGGUCCUGAAGUGACCGGCCUUGGAGCGCUGGGCAUUGCGUUGUACAUCGACAACUGUGCCUCCAGUCCACCAGAAGAUAGCACGAAGGAAGCUCUGCGGUGUGUGUUUGCUGAAAAUACGGAGAUGUCCAAUCUGAUCGUCAACUGCCUCUUACAUUGUGUUCUUUUCGCUACGGAAAAACACAAUCUGAGGGGUAAAAUUGAUCAGAGUGAAGGCCAGCUGAGCACCACCCUCACCAGGCUGAAAAACUCCAUAGUGAGCGACGGGCACAUGUCGCCUGAGGCACUGAAGGCCUGGGUGAACGGGGCAGCAUUCCACAUCCAGAUGUUGAUUCACCUGGUGAGAAUGGGAGGGAAUCAAACCUGCCACUCGAUAGAGACUGUCCUCUCAGCUUACCAGAGCGACCUGGACCCGCUGUUCAAAAAGCUCAAGGAGGUGAUAGAAGCCAAGUGCCACAUGGCUCCUGAUGCAACAUUUCUAGUGGAUGAAAAUUCAAAAAAGCAUGCUAUAAACCCUCAAGGCAACUAUGACAAAUAUCUUGAGGUCUAUUAUAAUCACAGGUAUGGGAGGCAGAAGGGUGAGAUCCUGCAGUACUUUCAUGACAUUAGACAGAACCUGCAGGAGCUGGUCGAUCAGAAAGGCUUCUUUCAUUUCUAAAGGGAGAUUGAUGUAAAGAGAUACACCAUGUGGCCAGAAAAAUAUGUUUCAUCUUAUCUUGUUUUAUCGAUGUCUUGCAUAGAUUGGACAUAUGAAAGGUGGUAUCAUCAUAGCCUGCUGUUAGUUUUGACAUAUUGGGGUUUACACAAAGAAUCAUUUCAGCCUUGAUGCUCUUUUCAUUCCUCUUGUUCUUGAUUGAGACUUUUUUUUCUCUGGGUUGCAUUGACUCGUAUUAUUAAAGUCUUUUGAUUCAAAGUUUUCCAAGCCUUGAUAGUGUUUGACUCGUCUGAGUCUUGCAGGUCUUUGUCAGGACAUGUCCACUCCGAGUCAAAACGACACUGACAAACUAAAGUCUUUAACUCCUGUUUUUCUCAAGGGUGUUGUGGGAGCCUAAAUGAGUCUACAUCAUUGUUAAGCACCUUUUGCUCAUCACUUAUUGUAAUACCAUCACGUAUAAAUAUUAUUCACUGAUUUAUAGAGGUCUACUCGACCUACCAGCGUAAGUCAAUGCAAGAAACUAAUUUUAGGCCCCAUGGCAUCACAUGAAGUUGAAAUUCCAAGAUCUCUUCCUAAAUAUAAAUAUAAGUAGUCAGCUGUAGGUACUUGUACUUUACUUAAGUAUUUUCAUGUUAUGGUCCUUUAUACUUUAACUUCACUACAUUUUGUUGGCAAAUGUUGUACUUUUUACUCCACUCUAUUUAUUUAACAUAUUUAGUUACCAGUUACUUUGCAGAUUUAGGUUACUAAUAGAAAAUAUAAAUCAUCACACAUUAUAAUUAUAGGUUAAACUACCCAGAAGUUCCCUCGAAUAGACCCCACCUUUACCAAGUAACACAGUGAUAAACAAAUUACUGCACAUAUCCUUUUGAUAAAAUGUAUAGAAUAGUUGUAUUCUUUUGUCUUCUUGUCUUGUAUUGUAUUGUAUUGUAUCUGCUGCUUAAAGUUUGGUUUUACUUUUGGUGCUUAAAGUAUUUCUUAAUGUUAAUGCUUUGAAACUUUUACUUAAGUCCAAUUCUGAAUGCAGGACUUUUACUUGUAACUGUGUACACACAAAGAGACAGAGAGACAGGGGAGCCGGUUUUUAAAUGCAAGUGCCACAAGAAAAAUUCCUUCCAGCCAGUAUUCGCAGUAAUCGCAUCAACCCAUCCAAGCAUAGAGGCAUCUAGUAUUUCUGUAUGCCAACCAGCACUAAAUACUUUUAUCUAAAGGCCUUUAUUUAUUUGAUUUGUUUGCUGUGGUUUUGUGUUGAGUUGUUCAUUUUAAGGUUUGAUUAAAUGUAAAAAAAAUAGUAACUGUGUAAGUUUUUUUGGAAUAAAAACUGCAUAAAAAUAAGGCUUUUGCAUACCAACACACAAACCAUUUAUAAUUGCUAAAUUAGGCUAAACUAGAAGGCUCCAGUGGGUACUAAAUGGAGAGCUGUUUGGGAGCCGUAAGAGCUGGCUCUUCUAAGGGAGCCGAUCCUAAAGAACCAAAUCUCUGAAAAGAGCCGGAAUACCCAUCACUAGUUUUUACACUGCACGAUUGCUACUUGUACUUUAGUAAAUCUUUGCAGGUCUGCAAGUAGUUCUAUUUCACAUACAGUAGUUUAAUAUAGCCCUAUAUAUGUCAUUUUGGCCUCUGUCACUUACGUAUGAGGACAUGUUACACUUACAUAACCGGGGGUUGAUAAACAAUAUACAUUACCUAGCCAACCAAUUCAUACAUUUGUAAUGUAAUCUAAACAUAAAAUGAAUCUUAGUAGUUGAUGUCUCUUUGUAGUUAAUGUACUUGCAUGAUUCUUGCAGUUUCUGCGCUGUAUCCACAUGGUUGAAUGUUCUUAUAAAAGUCAAUAAAUACAUCUUUUUCCUGUG